GAUACACAAUUAAAUUGCUACACCUUUCACCACCAAACAACACUUGUUCAUACAAUGUCGUUUAGCAGUGUUAUGAGGCCCGAAGAGGCCGGUUUGGCGCCCUUUCCGCAGUUUUGCUGGUGCAGCCAAGCUGAGGCGGAGUGGAAGGGAGGGCGGGGUAUUGAUCGACCUUGGGCACGGCAAGGCGGGCUAUGACCGAAGUUUGGUCUCUACGCCCCUCCGCUCCCCUCACGCUCGCGCCGCUGCUGUUGCAGUUGUAUCGGAGCGGCUCGACACGGCGCGGGCGCGCUGCGGUGUCGAGCCCGUGAGGCGGACGCUGAGCCAGCAAGUGCGCUUGUUGGCCGAGCAAAGCCGAACGAUGCCGAAGGCAAACCGAAUGGCUCCGAGCAGCACAAAUGGCUGGGCCCAGCUUAGUGCCGCUGGCUGCCUUUCCGAGGGAGGAGGCUACGCGCGCUGCUCAGGCGCGGUGUCGAGGAAAACUUGCACAUAUUUUGAAAAUCCGGCUUUCAAAUGGCUGACGGGCUUGUGGAGGAGCUGCUGAAGCGAUGGGGAGUCCCACAGCUUUUGGAUCGUUGCAUAGAGCAAGAGGUGGACUUCGACGCCCUGCGUUCGUUCAGCGAGGACGUCAUCACGGAGUUGGUGCCCAUGAUCGGGCCGCGCUGCAAGUUCCUGAGAGGGUGGCGGACCUGGAGUGAGGCGGGUUUCCCGACCCCCUCCGCCUCCCCCGCGCCCCCGCUCACCCCUGGCGCACUCGGCCAGCCGGCGCCGAGGGCUAACAACCCCGCACCGGCGCGGCCCCAGCUGGAACGCGCCCCCUUCACCCCCGCCGUCAAGCUCUCGUUAGGGGUCGCGGAGCUGGGUGCGGACCAGUCGCAGGCCGGGCCGUCGAGUGUGGACGCCAAGAAGGAAGUGAGCGUGUUCCUGGAGGGCAAGAUCACUUAUGAUGACGGCGACUCGUCCUCUGGGUGGCUUGCUGCGAACGGCUUCAUCUCAACGUCCACGACCAGGGGCUCCGCGUUCUUGAACCAAGGAUCUAUCAAGACCGAGCUCAUUGACGACGACGUGCCAUCAGAGGCGGACGUUGGUCGAGGCGAUUCGGUUUCUUCCGACCCCCGCAAGGGGCCCAGGUUCCAGCUGGAGGGGCGCAUCAGCCUCUCCGUUCAGGAGUUCGUCGAGGUGCCUAGCUUUAUGUUCGCGAGCUCGGCGCCGGCACCCCUGCAGCAUCAGGGCGAGGAUGGUUUUGGUCCUCAUCACUAUGGUCCAGACAGCCCCGGGGUGUUCGCGUCGCCAGCCCAGGAUGCCCUACCGAGCGCCCACUGUAGCGCCACCUCGAGCGCCCCUAGAGCCAAGCGAAGCAGAGAGGAGAAACUGGAUCUAGAAGCCCUGCUGAAUGCCUCUAGCAAGGGCAAGAUGAUUUUAUCAUUGUACCAACAAAAAGGUGCUUUAGAUGGUCCUUCUCGACAGACGCUCACUGAUCUUAUUAUUGCUGAAGAACUUAGAGAAGAUUUUAACAGGAGAAUCACAAGUCAGAGAUUUCAAGAAAUAGCUGAGACUAUUGUCGCCCUGUUUCCUGGAGAGAAUGAGGAUACCUAUUUUGCAAACGACCGCUCUUAUGGAGAACGCCCUGGUGGCAAAGGAAAACUUACUUCAAAGUAUUACAACACUCGUAGACAGUUAGCAAAAAGUGGAGUUAUUAGCAGAGGAUUCAACAAAGAAAGAAAACAAAUUAUUCAACAAGGCACUCUUGCUUCUUUACAGUAUUUAU